UUGUGUUUGAAGCAAGCGGGCGUCCUUUAUAACAGUCAGUAUUAAUGUGUUAAAAGUCACUAAAAUAGGACAAAUAGUUUUUAAGAGAUGUUUUUUUAUAAAUCAAAAUUUCAUAUGAUGUGAUUUUUUCAAUUUAAAAUGUAAACAAGUAGACGCUCGACCCGACUAGCAUCCACAGGUGUUUUUAUUUUUAUUUGUUGCAAAGAAUAAUAUACGUACCUAUAGCUACAGAGGUGCAGUGGUGUUGUUUUCAGUGUAAUGCAAUGUUUUCUUAAGUGAAUUGUUAAUUGGUGUUUUUUAAGUUUAACUACUAUAAAACAAAAUGAUGCUUAGGAAACUAUCUUCGGUUUUCAUAUGGAAUAACAACACAAAACUUGGAGCUGUAUAUAUAUUUCUUUCUUUACUUCUAGUUCUUAUCCAAUCAACGUUUUCAGAAAAUUUACUACAAGCACCACGAUUUACAAAAUCACUUUCAAGUAAGAAUACAAUAAGGAUAGGAACUGUUAAAAUUAUGCAGUGUCAGGUCGUAGGUCAUCCACCACCUCAUUACAGAUGGUUAAAGGAUGGUAAACCUAUUACUGACUUUUCAACUGACCCUUUUUAUAAAAUUAUUUCUGCAAAACACGAAGACGAGGGAAGUUACAGAUGCAUUGCAUCUAAUAAAAUAGGAUCCAUAGUCAGUGAAGAAAUUCAAAUAAUAGUCGCCUACAUGAAUAUUUUUAAAGAUCAAACAGAGCGUAGCCUUACUGUAGAAGAAGGACAAACAGUAGUAAUUGAUCUACCUGAAAUAGAAGCCAAACCCCCCCCAGAAGUUACGUGGUACACAGACGAAGGCGUUCUAUUGUAUGCUCAAAAAUAUUAUAAAUCAAAAUCUAAUCAAUUAAUAAUUUUGGACGUUGAAAAAGCUGAUCAAAAACCAUAUAGAGCUCGAGCAAUAAAUCCACUGGAGGGUAGUGAAGAAAACAGUGCUUUUAUACGACUUACAGUCAAUGAUAAUCCAGGAAAAGAAAUUAUACCCUCUAUUAUCAUUGGGCCUGAAGACUUAAAAAUAGUGCAAGGAACUUCACAAACCAUAUUAGAAUGCAUUGCGAAUGCAUCUCCAUUACAUGAGCUUGAAACUAUAUGGUUUAAAGAUGGAAUACCUAUAGAAAGUGCAGGCAUAUCUCAUAGCAUUAAUGAUAUUUGGAAUCGAAGCAUUUCCCUGAUUUCUGUAAACAAUACCCAUUCUGGCUAUUAUGAAUGCGAAGUCAUUCUUAGAACCGGAGGUUUUCCACCUCUUACAAAAGGUUCUAUGGUUGUUGUUUUGGAAAAGCCAAGGUUUAUAAGUACAGAUAAGCCUGAAACCUUGGGGGAAUAUGGGUUGCCCUUGAGUUUGCCUUGUAAUGUUCUUGGAAAUCCAAAACCAACUAUUCAUUGGUAUAAAAAUGCAAUUCCAGUUAAUUUUACAGAAGAAAGAUAUACGUUAGAAGAGGACAAUUCUUUAGUUUUAAAAAAAAUACUUAUAAAUGAUAGUGGAAUGUACCAAUGUUUUGCAAAAAAUGAAGCUGGAGAAAGUUCGUUGUCCACCUGGUUAAAAGUAAAAACUGCCACACCUCUAAUGGAAGUAGAGCCUAAAAAUAUGACCGUUUUAGACGGUAAAGACGCAACGUUAGGCUGCAGAGCAAUUGGUGCGCCUCUUCCCAAUGUUACAUGGAUUUAUAACGGCGUUAACAUAAAAACAACUAGCAGGGUACAAAUUUUGGAAACUGGCGAUUUACUAGUAGCCGAUGUAAAAAUAACUGAUGCUGGACAAUAUACUUGUAGAAGAUUUAAUGAAGCAGGGGAAGUGAAAGGAACUGCUUAUUUGACAGUUUUAGUUCGAACGCAGAUAAUUCAACCUCCAGUUGAUACUAGAGUUCUUUUGGGCCACACUGCAACUCUACAAUGCAAAAUUUCAUCUGAUCCCAUUGUCCCAUAUCAAUUAGACUGGUUUAGAGAUAAACAAAAAAUUGAACCAAAUGGCAAUGCAAGGAUAAAUAUUCUUAGUGAUGGCACAUUGGAAAUUCAAGCUGUUAGACCUUCAGAUGUAGGAGUUUAUACUUGUGAUGUAAAAUCACCGGGAGGCAAUGAAACAAGAGCGGCAAAACUCAGUGUGAUUGAACUUCCGUUUGCUCCUGGCAAUGUAAAGGCUGAAAGAAUAGAAAAAAGUAAUCAAAGAGUUGUUAAUGUUAGCUGGACUCCUGGAUUUGAUGGAAACAGUCCUAUUAAACAAUAUAUUAUUCAAAAAAGAGAAGUUCCGGAACUGGGACCUAUACCUGACCCACUGUUAAACUGGAUUACGGAGACAAGCAAUGUUUCUUCAGAUCAACGAUGGACCCUCCUUAAAAGUCUCAAGGCUGCUGCAGCUUAUCAAUUUAGGGUUAGCGCAAUUAAUAGUGUUGGUGAAGGAAACCCCAGUGAACCCAGCAAUCAAAUUAUGUUGCCUCAAGAAGCUCCUUCCGGGCCACCAGUGGGAUUUGUUGGGUCAGCAAGAAGUUCUUCAGAAAUAAUAACACAAUGGCAACCUCCUUUGGAAGAACACAGAAAUGGGCAGAUUUUAGGUUAUAUAAUACGCUAUCGGUUGUUUGGCUAUAACGACAGCCCAUGGAAUAUUCAAAAUAUAACAAAUGAGGCACAGAGAAAUUAUUUAAUACAAGAUCUAAUAACAUGGAAAGACUAUAUUGUGCAAAUAGCCGCUUAUAAUAAUAAAGGUGUUGGUGUUUAUACCGAUGGGGCUAAAAUUAAAACAAAAGAAGGUGUGCCAGAGGCUCCACCAGUUAUACGAAAUAUUGAAUCUUUAACAUCCACAUCUGUUAAAAUUUGGUGGAUACCUCCGGAUCCACAAAAAAUUAAUGGCAUUAACCAAGGAUAUAAAAUACAGGCUUGGCAGUAUGAUUCGAAUAAAGGGAACUUGGAAACUAAUAUGAUGACUGUGCACCCCAAUUUGCUGGACCCAUAUGCAGAACAAAGUGCUAUAAUGGAUAAUCUUAAAAAAUUUACAAAAUAUAAUUUAACUGUACUAUGUUUUACUGAUCCAGGAGAUGGAGAGAGGAGUGAGCCAAUGUAUAUUAAAACUUUAGAAGAUGUUCCUGAUGAGGUUGAAAGUCUUCAAUUUAAUGAUAUAAGUGAUAGAGCUAUAAAAGUUUUAUGGAAACCACCUAAACAAGUUAAUGGAGUAUUGACAGGUUAUCAAAUUAAAUGGCAAAUCAAAGAUAAGCAAGAAACAAAAAGAGUCAGAAACUUAACAGCUGAAACACAAAGUUUAGACAUUACUGAUCUUCAGGCUACAACACAUUAUAGAUUUGAAGUAAUUGCAAUGACAACAGUUGGAUUAGGAAUGGCAAAAUUGGCUAUAAUUCAGUCAGGUGUGGAGCCUGUCUUACCAAGUCCUCCUUCUAAACUGGCUCUUUCUAACAUAGAAGCUUUUUCUGUUGUAUUACAAUUUACCCCCGGUUUCGAUGGAAAUUCUUCUAUUAUAAAAUGGUCUGUAGAGGCUCAAACUGCUCGAAAUACGACGUGGUUUGUUGUUUUUGAAAAAAAGGAUCCUGAUGCAACAACUAUUACAGUAGCAGGCUUAGUACCUUUUACCCUUUACAAAUUACGACUUAUUGCCAAUAAUGUUGUUGGACCUUCUGGGGCUUCAGAACCUACAAAAGAAUUCCAAACUAUUCAAGCACCACCUGCGCAUCCUCCGAAAAAUGUGACAGUACGAGCUAUGAGCGCUACAGAAUUGCGUGUUAGAUGGAUUCCUCUUCAACAAAUGGAAUGGUUUGGUAACCCAAAAGGAUAUAACAUAAUCUACAUUGAAAUAAGAACUGGCAUUAUGCAAAGUGCCACUAUUGAAGAUCAUACAGCAAAUUCACACGUUAUUAUAAGUUUGGAAGAAUUUGCUUUGUACCAAGUCACAAUGAAGGCAUGUAAUGAUGUAGGUUGUUCAUCUCCAGGGCCAGAAGCUUUAGAAAGAACAAGAGAAUCGGUACCUUCAUUUGGACCAUUAAACAUAGAAGCAAACGCGACUUCAUCCACUACAAUUGUGGUAAAAUGGGGUGAUGUACCUAGAGAACACCAAAAUGGUCUUAUAGAAGGUUUUAAAGUGUGUUAUGUAGCUGCGGAUCCAAAAUCUCCCUUGGAAUAUAAAGUUAUACCAAAUAAUUCAACAUUUACAACAACGUUGACAGAGUUAAGAAAAUUUGUGGUAUAUCAUGUUCAAGUUUUGGCUUACACUAGAUUGGGAGAUGGUGAAGCUAGCAAACCUCCUGUAGUAGUAAGAACGUUUGAUGAUGUACCGGGUGCUCCAAGUAAUGUUUCAUUUCCCGAUGUUUCCUUUACAUCGGCAAGAGUAAUAUGGGAUGAACCCGAUGAACCCAAUGGAGAAAUUUUAGCUUACAAAGUCACUUAUCAUAUUAACAACUUGGCAACAAAUAACAAAUAUUCCAAAGAGUUUCCUCCUUCGGACCGGACUUUUAGAUUUACUCAGCUCGAGCCCGAAAAAUAUUAUAUGUUUUCGGUGACUGCUCAGACGAAAAUAGGUUGGGGAAGAACAGGUCAUGCUUUGGUAUAUACUUCCAAUAAUCGGGAACCCCCACAACCUCCUUCAAUGCCUCAAAUAAGCAGAAGCCAGAUUCAAAGUAAACAUAUUACGUUUAGUUGGACACCUGGUAGAGAUGGAUUUGCACCACUUAGAUAUUAUACAGUACAAAAAAUGGAAAGCAAUGGCCCGUGGCAAUCAGUGCCUGAAAGAGUAGAUCCACAAGCUACUUCCUACACUGUGUCUGGAUUAAAACCAUUUACUUCUUACCGAUUUAGAAUACAGGCUACCAAUGAUAUAGGACCCAGUAGAUUUAGUUCUGAAUCUAUAGAAGUUCGAACUUAUCCAGCAGCACCAAGUAAACCAGUUACAAACUUAAAGGUUGUUCCAAUAACCACAACAAGUGUUGAGGUUUAUUGGACUUCAAUAGAACAACAAUUUUGGAGUGGAGAUGUUAAAACGGGUGGUUAUAGAGUCAUUUUCCAACCAGUAUCGGAUUUUCCUACCGCACUUAAAGCCACACCCAAAGAAGAAAUUAUGGGAAUUAAUAAAAAUAAAAUAGUUUUAAGUGAACUUAUGCAAGAUGAAAACUAUGAAAUAGUAGUAGCUCCUUUUAAUUCUCAAGGAGAGGGUCCAGCUAGUACUCCAGUUACUGUUUAUGUUGGCGAGGCGGUACCGACUGGUGAACCAAGACAUCUUCUAGCGGAACCCGUUUCAUCAACAGAAGUAAAAUUAAGAUGGAAGGCACCUCAAACGCAAAUGCAAAAUGGAGAAUUAUUGGGAUAUAAGAUUUUUUAUUUGGUAACAAACUCUCCACAAGAACUAGAUGAAGGUAAAAAAUAUGAAGAAGAAAUUGAGGUAGUGGCUGCUACAACUACCAUCCAUAGUUUAGUGUUUUUAGAUAAAUACACUGAAUAUCGAAUACAAAUUUUGGCAUUUAACCCAGCUGGAGAUGGGCCUAGGUCUAUUCCCAUAAUUGUAAAAACCUUACAAGGUUUACCUGGUGCACCAGUAAAUUUACGAUUUAAUGAAAUAACUAUGAAUAGUCUUGUUGUUACCUGGGACCCACCAAAAAAAAAAAAUGGUGAUAUAAUUGGAUAUAUAGUAACAUAUGAAACAACAGAAGAAAAUGAAAGAUUUAGCAAGCAAGUAAAGCAAAAAGUAUCAACUAACUAUCUUCAAGUUCAAAGUUUAGAGGAAGAAGUAACAUAUACUUUUACUGUAAGAGCACAGACUAUUGAUUUCGGUCCUUCUAUCUCAAAUAAUAUUACAACGGGUCCACAAGAUGGGUCUCCUGGAACACCAAGGGAAUUAUCUAUAAUAAAAACUUUGUCAAAUGUCGAAAUGCGUUGGUCAAAUGGCCCUACUGGAAAAGGACCCAUUGAAGGAUUUUAUGUGGAAUCUAAACAAAAGGAUGAUAGUCGUUGGCAAACCGUAACUAAAACAACAAAUGGGCCCCUUCAAGAAUUCUCAGUUUCAUAUCAAAGUUUAUUACCUUCAACUUCAUAUAACUUUAGAGUAAUUUCCUAUAAUAAAUUUGGCAUUAGUUAUCCAGCUUAUUCGGAUAAUUCAAUUUUGACACCCUCUAAAUUAUAUUUAGAGUAUGGUUAUUUGCAGCACAAACCCUUCUAUAGACAAACAUGGUUUAUGGUUGCUUUAGCGGCAACAUCAAUAAUUAUUAUAAUAAUGAUUAUUGCUAUUCUUUGUGUAAAGAGUAAAAGCUAUAAGUACAAACAAGAAGCACAGAAAACACUUGAGGAAUCAAUGGCAAUGUCUAUAGGGGAUCAGCAAGAAUUGGCAAUGGAUUACUAUCGUUCUAAAAAUGGUAAUGGCAAUAUAAAUACUUUGGGUACCAUAUCAAAACGGAGUACUCUCUCAAGAAAACCUCAACAUGUCCAAGCUCCACCAGUGGGAAAAUCACCUCCAAGACCAUCUCCAGCUAGUGUACCUUACAAUUCCGAUGAAGAAAGCCUUAAAGGUUACGAUGAAAACCCAGAUGACAGCAGUGUUACAGAAAAACCAUCUGAAAUGAGUUCAUCAGAUCAGGGCUCUGAGAGCGAGAAUGAGAGCGUGCGCUCAGAUCCACACUCGUUUGUCAACCACUAUGUAAAUGUGAAUGACACAUUACGUCAAUCCUGGAAGAGGCAGAAACCUGUAAGGAAUUACUCUAGUUAUACGGACUCUGAACCUGAAGGUAGUGCUGUUGUAAGCCUUAAUGGUGGUCAAAUUAUUAUGAAUAACAUGGCGAGAUCAAGAGCGCCUCUACCAGGUUUCUCUUCUUUUGUCUAAUAUUAAUACGGCAUUUGGCCAGGUUACAUUUCUUACCAUAAAGACCGAUGAAUUAGGUAAAAAAUCGUUUAAGACUACAGUAAUUAUAGUUUUUUCAAAGUCAAAUUUAACCUUUAUUAUUAUUAUGUAAAAGCUAUUAAAUAAAUGAUAUUCUUUACAUAUAAAAUAACCCACCCAACCGACAUACAUACAUAAAAAAUUUAGUUUAACAAUAAUGAAAAUUUCUAUAGCAGCAAGUUUAUUAUACACCAAAAAGCAAAUAUUUUAUUCAAUCUAAUGAAAACAAUGCUCGGAAGCUUGUUAACGACUCGUUAUGACGAUAGACACUUAACAAUAAUCCAGUGUCGUCAUCAAAAUCGUCUGACCUGUCGUCAAUUUAUUUUAAUUAUUGAACUAAAAUUUAUAAUGCAGCAACUUUGUUAAACAUAAUUAUAUAUCACAAUGCAAAUAUUUUAUUUAAUUUUAAGAAACAAUGCUUAAAAACAUUUUUUUUUAUUGUGGCGACUUGUCAUGACGAUAUAGUUAACUCAAAAAGUGUCGGAUGACGAGUCUCGUUUUUUUCGUUAUUCGUAUCGUCAUUUUUUUUUAGGUUAACUAAAGGAUUUUAAGAUUAAUAUUUAGAUUUUCAAUUUUUACAGUGUGUUUACCAAACAAAGAAUGUGGGUAAGGGGUACGACUUUGUCUUUGGGUUGUGUGGUUUCACCCAGGAGAGACAAAGUCGGGGUCCCGUCGUUGAAAUACGAUCGUAUUUAUUAAUAUUAUUCGUUGCUUUAAUCUUUUAGAGGGAUUAUUUAAACAGUUUAGAGGAUGUUUCAAGAUUGCCCAUGUGGAAAUUUUUCUGUGAGAAAGUUUUAAUAAGAGUUUUGAAAGUCUUACUUUCUCUUAAAAAGUCUGAAUAAGACUUAGUAAGUCAGACUAAUAGCAAUAUUUGGGAGUCUUUUGGAAGAGUUAAUAAGACUUUUUAAGACUUAAUAAGACUUUUAGCAGAGAAAUGGUAGGUACCUAUAUCCGGAAUUAUUCAGAGGUUAUUGCAAAAGAAAGCACAAUGAAAAGUAUUUAUAAACACUCUUUUUGUGUUGUUAUAAGGCUUAUAAAAACACGGAAGCAAUGUUUACAAUAUAAGUAAACAAACUUUAUUUUAAUUAAACAGAAUAAAACAGUUGGGAGAUACGUUUGGUUUGUGUACAUACAGAUCCCUUGUUGAUUACGUACAUAAGGUAUAAUAACUAUAACAAUUCUUCGCAACGCAUAGGCGUGAUAUGGUGACAGUCGAACUCAUACACAGAUUAUAAAACAAAUAUGGUUGAUCUUUCAUUGCUUCAUGUGUUUUAUAGUGUUGCCGGAUGAAUGUCAUAAAAGUUCCCAACCAAGAAUUACAUAAUACUAAAAAAACUAGUUAUAUUUUAAAUUUACUAGCGCAUUCGCCCUGUUUUAAAAAAAUUAAUUAAAUGAAUUUAAAAAAAAAUUAUAAUAUAAAUUUUUGUAAUAAUAAAAAUGUGAGAGGAUGUUCUAUAUUGAAUAAAAUAAUUAUGCAUUUUUAGUAAACAUACAAUAUUAUUUACUGAAAAUUUCUUCAGUUGGUAUUUUGAUCGAAAUUUGCAGAAUAUCCUAUUUUACCCGCUUCAAAAUUCUACCCGCAAAACAUGACGAAAAUACCCGAUUUCCGAGUAAAAUACGUAAGUAGUGACAGGAGUCUCCUGUCAGGAGAGCUAUCUUGAAAACGCGGGAAGAUGCCAUCAUAUGACAGAUCAGCUGUGCUCUAAUUGGUCAGCUGAGAAAAUCGAUAAAGUGUUUGGAACAAUAUGGCGGCAAGUAUUUGGUGAUUUUCAGUCUGUGCGAACUGUUAAAGAACAGACCUUGUUGUGUAGGUUGUGGGUUAGAUGAAUAUUUGCUUAUAAAAAGAAACUAUUAAAAUUAAACGUACAGUGGCAACAAUAAAAGCAAGUCAAGCGCAUCGUAUGUUAUAAUUAGUUUACCUCACAUAUGUUAAUAUAUAGGUAAUUAAGCAAUAAACAUGGCUUAUUACCACCCCGGCAAAAUGUUAAUAAAUACUUUUCUUUGUGUUUUAUUUUAUAAUAAUUAAAUACAUCCUCUCUGAAGAAUUCCGGAUAUUUAUUUUAAUCGCUAUAGUUAGGUUCCUACCAUUUCUUUGCUAAAAGUCUUAUAAAGUCUUAUCAACUCUUCUAGAAUACUUCCAAAUCUUGCUAUUAGUCCGACUUACAAAGACUUAUUCAGACUUUUUCCGACUUAAUAAGUCUUAUUCUGACUUUUUCAGACUUAAGUAUUAUUCAGACUUUUUAAGAGAAAGUAAGACUCUAAAAACUCUUAUUAAAACUUCUUCAGAGAAAAAUUUCCACAAGGGUGGACAUACUCGUUUUGUCUAAUAGUGGAUGGAUCUCUCUGAAGUCGCUGGACGUUAAUACUGUCAGUAAGUCAGUAGACAAAUUCUCUCACAAAGAAAAUAAAAAGUUAGAAAAGAAAAAUGCGGGUAAAAUAAUUUAAUUCAUUAAGCCAGUUCGGUUGCCCGGUAGGCAGGGCGUGAGUGAGACAGGUGGAAGACCAAAAUCCAGCAACGUUUUGCCAUUUUAAUAGUCGUGAUAUCAAAUCCAUUCUGAGCAGAACAUUAAAAGUGAACUCCAGAGUGCCAGCUGGCAUAACAUUUCAGAAAGUGACUUUCAAAAGUAUUCUUUGUUUAUAACACAUCAUUUCCUCUUGUUAUAAAUGGUGUCAGAAAGCUCUAAAUAACAAUAAUGAAGUCAAUCAAUGUUAUGUCAGUUUUCGCGAAAAUAUCAAAACAAAUUCCUCCGGGCGUCAUCUCUUACUAUUUUUACUUUCUAUUUAAAUAAUACCGUGCGAGUAGUUAGCACAUUAAUUAGGGUGCUAUUUCCCAUAUUCUGUUAGUAAGUAACAUUUGCUUAAGUAUGAUGAUACCAACAGAGGCAAAAUGUUGUCAAUUAUAAGCUAAUAUAUUGAUAUAUCAAGCGAUGGUCUAAAACGACAAGGGGCAAAGUAAGCGUAAUUUCGAUUUUUAUGUAAAUACACUGUUUAUUGCAUAGGUAUGGGUAUAUUUUUCAGUUUUAUUAAGAGAUAAGUGCGUUUUUUAUUUGGUACAGUCGUAUGCAAAUAAAAAACGUACAGCCUUAGAAUGAGAGGUACUGCAGUUGUUAAAUAUUGCGAGUUAGGUUAUAAAAAAUACAAUGCCGUAGAUGUAAACCAGACGUCAGCUAACUGUCGGCUGGUUUACAUUUACGGCACUGUAUUUUUUAUAACACAACGCGCCAUAUUUGACAACUGCAGUACCUCUCAUUCUAAGAGUGUACGCUUUUUAUUUGCAUACGACUGUACCUACUUUUUUAAUUUAAUUUAUUGUAGUGGGGUAAAUAUAUUUCUUUACAAAACUUGGGUCAUUCCAUAUUAAUAUUAUUUAUAGAAAUAUUAAUUUAAAAAAAUAUCGAGCAACAUGCCUAAAUGAGUUGAAUAUGUCUUUAUGAAACUUUUUCAUAUAUUUUUUAAAUAUUUUAUGUAACCUUUAUUAAACAUAAAUAUAUAGUUCUCAGCAAAACUAAGGAGUUGGGUGGGUAUGUACUUAAUUACAUAAUAAAAUAAAAUGAUUUCCGUAAUAAUAUUAUAUUUAAAAUGUUUGAAUUAAAUAUAAAUUUCAACAUAAAAAUGUUUGAAUCUGGCAGCUAUUGUGAUCUAAAUAAAUAGCCUUAUAAAGUAAUAAAUACGAAUUAUUAUUAUUAUUGAGAUUUGUAAAUAUUUAAUUUUUAAUACUGUGUUAAUGUAUCUAGGACCUGUAGGACGUUUUCUAGCAACUGAAUUUUUUUUAUUUGCUUGUAUAUUUUUUUUAUUAGUUUUAUUUUUGUAUUAUAAUUAUUGUACCAAAUAUGUAAUUGUAAUUUAUUAUUAGCCAAUAAUUUAUUGUUUAAAUUAAUUUAAAAAAAAACUAUACCUUAAAAGCAGAGUGGCAAAACACAUUUUUUAAAGAGGUAUGGGGUAUACAAAUUUUCGCCCACCGGAAUUUUACCAGUUUACUUUUAAGGUGUGGAUUUAAAUUAAUUAUUUAUAUUUAUAAUAUAUAAUUUUUCUUAUAAAUGAAAACAACCACCUAUAUAUUUAUAACUUUAGGGUCGAUUAAAAUAUUAUAUUUUGAAAAGGUAUUUUACACUGGUAUAUGGUACUUUUUUAAAUGCAGUUGAUGUUUCUUUACAUUUUUUGAUGAUUGUAUUAUAAAAAUAUUUUUUUAAAUCAAUGCAGACUAUAUUUAACCAGUCUCCCCAACUAUAUUUUAGAGUGAUGUUUCAUUUAUAAGAACAUCUUGCAUAUUUAGGUAGGUAACUAAUGAAUUAAAGAAUAUUUUAUUGAAACCUUGCUAAAAUAUUAAAUUUUCAAACUCAAAAACUUCUAUAUAGAGUGGUGUAGUAAGACAGAACUUCUUUUCGGAUUUAAAAUAAAAUUAACAUUUACAAAUUAUCCAAUUUCCCUAAAGUGUUUCAGAAUAGAAAAUAGUUUAUUUUUAAUAAAUUUUUUACUUAAAUAUUAGUGCCCUGAAAUGAUGUUUUAUGUUUUUAAUUAAUUAUAAAAAAGGUAUAUCUUAUAACCGUUAAAAUUAUUUUGCUUUUAAACAUUUUUUAAUUGAUAUCAGUUAUCAAGUUUUCGUAAACAUAUAUCAUGUUUUAUCGAUUUUAGAUCAAAUAGGUUUUUAAAAAUAGUGUAUUAAUAACUAUUUUCUAUUAAAGUACAAGUUUAUAAAAUUUUAUAAUUUUGGAAAUUUGUACUUCAAUAGAAAAUAGUUGUUUAUAAUUUAAUGUAGUUAAAUGUUCAAUAAUAUUAUCAAUAUUAUACUAAUAUACACUUAGAACAUUAUAAAAACUGCAAUAUUUUCAAAAUAAAAAAAGCAAAGAGCUUGUUUUAAAUGGGAUAUGAUUCAUUAAAAUAAAUAUAAUUAAAUCGCUUAUUUUAAAAAGGACUUAAGUAACAUAAUGUUACUAACAUUUUUUGCAAAUUUCUAUAAACCCUUUUUAUAAAAAGAAGUUUGCGUUUUAUUUUAAAUUAGUAAUUUUUACAGUAAAUGUACUACUUAAAACCUUUAAAAAAUAUGCUAAUAAUUUAAAUAAGGAAUAAAUAUUAUAUUGCAAAAUUGUCUCUAAAAUUAAAAAUUUUAAUCAACUUGUAUAAUACUAACCAAUCCUAAGGCUACAAAUGUACUGAUAGUUUUACACUGCCUUCUUGUUUAAAUAUAAUUUAGUAUGUAAGAACUAUUUGUAAAAUAAAUCUGUGAUUCUAUUAAAUCCUUUUAUUAA